AUGGAAGAAAUGGAUAAGUGGAAUGAAACUACUUCGAUUCAAGUAACAGAAUUCAUUCUCUUGGGUAUUACAGAUCAGCCUGACCUGCAGAUCCCCCUCUUUCUUGUGUUCCUCAUUAUUUACAUGGUCACAGCUCUGGGAAACCUAGGCUUGAUUAUCUUGAGCAAGACUGAUUCUCGCCUGAAAACUCCCAUGUACUUUUUCCUCAGGAAUUUGGCAUUUAUUGAUCUUGGAUACUCCACUGCCAUUGGCCCAAAAAUGUUGGUUAAUUUUGUAGUAGAAAAAAAUACCAUCUCCUAUGCUGCAUGUGCAACCCAGCUAGUUGUCUUUAUAACAUUAAUUAUAAGUGAACUUUUUAUGUUAUCAGUGAUGGCCUAUGACAGAUAUGUAGCUAUCUGUAACCCAUUGCUGUACAUGGUCAUCAUGUCAGACAGAAUGUGUUGUCUCUUGGUUUCCAUCCCGUAUCUCUAUAGCACCUUUACAGCACUACUAACCACAAUUAAAAUAUUUAAUUCAUCUUUUUGGAAAUCUAAUGUGAUUAGUCAUUUCUACUGUGAUAGUCUCCCCCUCUUAAGUAUUUUAGGCAAUGAAGCAAAAGAUGUAGAAUUAAUUGUUUUGAGUCUUUCUGCUUUUAAUUUAGUUUUCUCUCUGAUGGUUGUUCUUGUUUCAUAUGGACUCAUACUUAUGGCUGUCCUGAGGAUGAACUCUGCUGAGGGUAGACGCAAAGCCUUCUCCACUUGUGGCUCUCAUCUCACAGUGGUGGUUGUUUUUUAUGGAACGCUAACUUUUAUGUACUUACAGCCCAAGUCUAGCCACUCCUUUGACACAGACAAAAUGGCUUCUGUCUUCUAUACCUUGGUCAUUCCCAUGCUCAACCCUUUGAUCUAUAGUUUGAGAAAUAAGGAGGUGAAAGGAGCCUUGAAAAGAGCUCUAGAAAUUCAAUGUAAAUGUCUUAUUUAA